GUGGUGGAGGUGGGAGAGGGGGAGGUGGCAAAAGGGCCGAUUUUUUCUCCUCGAAAGUUUACUUCCACCGAUACGUCCUGGAGGCGCCCGUCGUCUUCGCCGGUUCAACCAUAACGCCUCCCGCUUUAAAACGCCCGAGACGGGAUACGGUGGACUCCUCACCGCCACCCGCUCGUACCGCAGCUUCCGGUAAACCCGGACCGUCCGGCAAAUUAGCUUGCACGAUGGACGCGCCGCUCUCUCAGAGCAUGGACUCCGUCAACACGGUGGCCACCGGUGAGGACGAGGUGCGCACGCUGUUCGUGAGCGGCUUACCGAUGGACGCCAAGCCUCGAGAACUGUACCUGCUGUUCAGAGCAUACGAGGGUUAUGAGGGAUCGUUGCUGAAGGUUACGAGUAAAAAUGGAAAGACGGCGUCGCCGGUGGGCUUCGUGACUUUCCAUACGAGGGCUGGUGCGGAGGCGGCCAAGCAAGAUCUACAGCAGGGGGUUAGAUUCGAUCCUGAUAUGCCACAAACCAUACGUUUGGAAUUUGCAAAAAGUAACACAAAGGUUAGCAAACCCAAGCAACCAGCCGCUGCAGCAGCCACCUCGCACCCUGCUCUGAUGCACCCUCUAACUGGACACAUAGGAAGCCCAUUUUUCCCUGGUGGUCCUGAACUAUGGCAUCAUCCAUUGGCGUAUUCAACAGCUGGAGAAUUACCAGGCGCUCUACAACAUGCAACGCUGGUGCAUCCAGCGUUACACCCUCAGGUCCCCGCUCCUAUGUCUUUACCACAUCCGACGACUUUAACAUCAAUACACGCAUCGCUGCCACACUUCUUACCAUCACCGGCAUUGGCGUCACCCGUUGGAUCGCCGUCAUCACAGCCGAAUAUCGCAGUUAGCAACGCUCCGUGCUCCACCCUGUUUGUCGCUAAUCUCGGUCAAUUUGUGUCCGAACACGAGCUUAAGGAUAUCUUCAGCAGUUUCCCUGGUUUCUCCCGGCUUCGUAUGCACACGAAGGGAGGGUCACCGGUGGCCUUCGUCGAAUAUCAAGACGUACGCUACGCGGCACAGGCGAUGUCCACUCUCCAGGGAUCCCUUCUCCUCUCCUCCGACCGAGGAGCGAUAAGAAUCGAAUAUGCAAAAUCAAAAAUGGCCGAGGUGGGCUUUACAAAUCUCUGGAUCGAAGGAUCAAAGAGAGAAGAAAACGGGCAACCUUAAGAUCGACAUUAAUGGGAUAUAAGAAGAAAAGCAAGAGAAAAACGGCAUAUUCUUACGGAGAAGGGAAAAAAAGCGCUGGCGUUCAUAAUGAAUUGGAAGAUUUCGCUAUGGCACAACAACACGAUGACAAACAACAGGAAACACAGCACAACAAAAACAAAAAGAACAACGACAAUUGGAUAUAUAUCGGGCGUAAAAAAUUUCCAAUUUAAUAUGGAAAAUGAAAAUAUAGAUAGGGGCGCGUAUUAACGUAUCGUAAAGAGUAACGUAACACACGCACAUACACAUACAUCUACAAAUACAUGCGAAAUAAAACAGGUAUUUACACGUACAUACAGAGAAGAAGUAAAAGAAAAAUGGAGAGAUACGAAAAUAUGAAUCACGAGGACGGGGUGAGGAGAGUCGUUCCACCUUGAUCCGUGCAGCACCAAUAGAUAAAUUUUGUAAUUUAUUCGGCGCAAUGGCGUUGGUUCGCGUCUCGCCGGGGGCCCAAUAAUCGUGUAUUCCUAGGUAUACAUAAUAUUUUUAAAGAAUUUAUCUUACCGAUUCGUAGCCGUGCGUUUUUCCCUAUAUAUAUAUUUCUUUUUAUUAUUAUUAUUAUUAUUUUCGCUGAAUUAUACAUCAGAUGGGAUGGACGACGACGAAGUGAAAGAGGAGAGUGAGAAAAAGAAUAAAGUCAUGCUGCGUGAGAUGAGGAGAAAAUGUGUGCGAGGAAGAGAAAGAGAAAGAGAAAGAAAAUGAGAAUAAAACGGAAAGACGAAAGUCGAAAAAAAUGAAGGAAGAUAACAGUCGACGAUAGAAACAAAUACGAUACGAAGGAUCCGCAUAUCGAGGAGUAUGUAAUUGAAGCUAAUUAAAGCUAAUUAUUAAAGCGCAAAACCACGCUUGUGCAUAGCCUUGUUGUCGAAAGACGAUCGGUUCGUAUUAUAAAUAAUGUAAAGAAGACAAAGAUGACACUUACAAAGAUAAAAAAAGAAGAAUAACGGAGAUAUCACACCGAAGAGCACAUAUAAUUUAUUUGCACGUCGCGCACAGAAGAUCGAGUAAGAUUCUCCUUAGGAGAUAAUUCGUGCCUCAAAACGCCGGCGAUGACGUCUCGACGUUCAUCAUAAAAAAAAAAAAAACGGAAAAGAAAGAAGAACGCAACGAGCGUGCGCGCGCUGUCGUCUUGACGAGAAAAAGAAAGAAAUUGCGAUAAAGAGAGACGUAUGAGAAAAAGAAGAAAAAACAAAUAGAAUAAUUAUAUUAUCCAAUAAUAACAUUAAUAUAUACUAAUAAUAAUAAUAAUAAUAAUAAUUAUAAUAAUAAUUAUAAUAAUUAUAAUAAUUAUAAUAGUAAUAAUACUAAUAAUAAUAAUAAUCAAGCGCUCGCGCAAGUAACGCUAUCCUUCGCAGCUUUUUACUUGAGACUAUAAGAAUUAACAAGGAAGAAAAAAAAGAAAGAACAAAAAAUAGGUUUUAUACAAGAUGGCUAUCGUCGCCAUUGAACAAACGAUCUCUGUAAAUAACGGUCGGUUAUUUGAUUUUUAAGACGAACGACGAAGGAACGCUUUCGGUCGAUGCUUUCGAGAUGACUAAUUAGCGCGCGCGCACACGAACGCAAACAUACAUCUUUUAUGGACGAUGUUGAUGAAGAGAGAUAAACGAAAAAAUAAGAGGAGCAAGCGUCGAAGGCUCGUAGAUGAAGUUACGUAUUUAUUAUACAAAGAGGAAGACGAGUUAUGUACAUCAAGCUUAAUACCAAAGGUGCCCUAAGAUGCGUGUAUUUAUGUUUUAUUAUCGGUGGGUUGCGAAGGUGCGAGCCAUAUGCGUUGCAUGAAUAUGUAUCUUGUUGAUAGAUGUGCAUCUAUUCACAUAGAAUGGAUAAAACGAAAGAACGUGGGUGUUCAGGUGGGAUGUUUAAGAGGAUGAUGUUGGUAAGGGAAGGGAAGGGUGUGAUAGAAAAGAAAAUAUAAAAAAAUAGAAGAAAAAGGACGAAAGAUUUAGUAUGGUUUAGCGAAAAGGAUUAGAAGGGAGAGAAAGAUGAGGGAAGGGAGGGAUAAGAGAGAGAAAAAAGAGGGAGAAAAAUUAUAAAAAAAUCGAACGAGUAUUAAGUGAUAACCUUAUUCAUAUACAUAACGAAUGUGAACAUAUCAUAGGAUUAGGCGAUUAGGCAAGGGCAAAGAAAAAACGUGAGAAACGUUAUUAAACGAUCUGUUGUCGUGAUGUAUCGGAGAAGGAAAAAAAAGAAAAAGAGGAAAAAAAAACGAGAGAAGAGAAAGCAGACAGAACAGGUGUUUUGCCAUGCGUGCUAGAUAAAAAAUAAACAGCGGCCAACUCGGCACGUAAUUUGUCCAAGUGCCUUCCCGUUGGUCGAGUCAUGCUUUAAUCGUAAACUGUAGAUAAAAGAGAAAAAAAAGAAUCUCUCGUCCGGAUGUUAAACGUCUGAAAAAAAAGACUAAAAAUUCAAUGUUUAUGCCUCUAGCGCUGUUUUUUCUUUCUUUCUUCUUUUUAUAUAUACAUAUAUGUGUAUGUAUGUAUGUGUAUAUAUGUGUAUAUAUAUAUAUAUAUAUAUAUACAUAUAUAUAUAUAUAUAUAUAUAUAUAUAUCAUCCACCGGAUUUAGGACGGUUUUAAGGCAAAAUUUUCCGCGUCUCCCUCGGGUCUGUUAAUGGCGUUAAUGCCGUAUCGAAGAUGUCGAGUAAAAACCUUAAACGCGCUGUUGUUAGAAUUAAAUCGAUAAUCGAAUAAAGCCGAGUUAGAUGAAAAAGAAUAAAAUAACAAUAAAGCUCGUGUCAUUGCCUUAUGUAUAUAGGUACACAUUUCAUGCAGAAAUUAAAUGGUUGUCGAAUAAUUGCAUUUUAGAGAUUUUAAAGAUAGUCCAUGUUUUAAAUCGCAAAUUGUCGGAAUAGUUCUUACUAUAUAUGUCAAUAUCUUUGGCUUUCAUCGAUAAAGGACAAAAACGGAAAAAUCCAUAAGAAAAAGAUCAAUAAGAUUUCUAUUGAUCAUCAUCCAUACAUCAAAAUGCCGAUGUGUGACACCCAGUCGCAAUUUUUGCAUUUUAAAACUCGACGCUGACAGGAUAUGAAGGGAGAUGGAUGGAUAAAUAAAGAAAGAUUAAAUAAUUAAUUAAACAAAGUCGUUAUUGAAGGAAGAAAGGAUCUUUUCGCGACGUUCACGAUAUUUUACUUUUUUUAUUCUUUUUUUCUUUUUUAAAUAACAUAAACUCGUAAUAAGAGAAUAGCGCUAGAGUUUCGUGGAUUUAUGAAAACUGUAAUUGGUUUCACAUCCUUUUUGUAAUAUCGAUGAGAAAUGUUUUCAAAUAAUUUCGGUAGAUCGAUCACGAUCGUCUCGCCUCUCGUUUUCCAUUUUCCAUGAUAAGGAAAGAGAGAGAAAGUAUUUAUGUUCCAUCGCGAUAGACACAUAUCCUUAGCCGUCCUAAUAUCGCACUCGUGUAAUAAACUCACUGAAUAUCGGUGGAGUCUGGAUAGGACAGAACAAUCAAUGCGUUCGUAAUUAUUUUUAAUAGACUAUAAACUAUGAAUCGAAAGUAUAAAGAGCGUUCGCCGAGUAUUUCUCGGCAGAAUAACGUUCAUUAAUUAAGCCCGAUAUAUUAAAUGUUUCCGCGUACGUUCGGGAUGUCCAGCGCGCGCAAAAAUCGCUGAGAAUCGACCGUUCAACUUUGCCGACGUAAUUGGGUGAAAAAAAUAAUAUAGAAGAGAAACUAUGAAAACAAAAAGAAAAAGUAAAAAGAAAAAAGAAAAGUAAAAUGAAAGAAAGAGAAACGUGUGGGGACUUUUCAUAUAAGUCGGGACAAUUGAUCGCGCAGUGAACGUUCGUAUAGUAUUUUAUCGUUCUUUCAGAGAGAUUGAAUAAUCUCUUGCGUAGAUGAAAAAGAAAUAGAAAAUAAAAAAAUAGGAAAAGAAGUAGGAAAAAGAAGAAGCACAUCUGUUGAUACAUUUGUUCGUUGAUCCGAGGACGGAUCGAUGAAUUUACAUUUACAAUUAGACGACAAAUUAUAGUGCUGAUAUUAUUGAUUAUGAUAAUAUCAAAUAAAUAUGAAAUAUACACACACAUACACAUACAUACAUAUAUACACAUACAUAUAGAGCGGGACCGAAUUAUCGUUUCAGGGAAAACGACGGCCGAAAGUAUCAUAUCGUGUGGAAAGUGAUAAGAGUACGUUGCAAAUGGUAUGCAGGGUCGUUAUACUGUCACGCAGAUAUAUAUAUAUAUAUAUAUAUAUAUAUAUAUUUCCUAAUUUCGGAUUAGAUUAAAAAAGCCCAAAUUACAAGAAAACGCGAGCGACCGUUUUGAGCAAUUUUGAGCAAAAAUUUUACAAUAAAGGGGAAAGCAAGUCCACGUACGAAAGUAACAGAAAAUAAAAAGAAUUUUCAAUGAGAAAAACAAAACAAAUAAGUAAAUCAAACGAGAUAGAACGUCAUGGAUAUUCAAAAUUGCAGUCAACAUCAACGUACAAGAUAUCGAUAUACGAGUUAUAUUAUUUUUAAAUCAUUCCAUGAGGACAUUUUCGAUUCCGCGUUAUUUGAUUGAGGUUGUGCAUCAAGGCAUUCUCAAAGCGUAUUUUAAACUUACAAGUUCGAUCCGUCCUUUUUUGUACGGUUUCUUUUCUUUAUCCUACUUCAAUAAAUGCCGAUAUUUUAAUAUGA